AUGGCCGCCGCUCCCCAAAAGUGCUUAGACAACGAAGUUCGUAUUCGUUCCUGCCAAGACGAGAGCUAUCUGCACGGGUUUCUUGGAAUCAUUGGCGACCUACAGAAGGCUGGGGUUGCCUUCAGUGAGGACUUCUGCAGCCUGAGUGUGAAUCAGCUGACUAAGAUCAUCAGCCGUGAUGAGCUGCACCACCUACCCAGCAUCCUUCCCCACAUCCGCUUCAACCUGCUGACCUCAGAUGACACGGCAGCCAUCUUGGAACAUCCCCUGGUCAGGGAGAAUUCUGGGAGUUCUAAGGUCAUCAGGAAAAUGGUUAAGAAAGGGAAACAUAACCUGAAGCCCAGACUUGGGAUGACAACAGAAUUUCUUCUGUUAAGGGAUAUAGGGACAGGCGAUCUUCUCUACAUGAACCCUCAGAAAAGGAAGUACAUCUGGCAUCCUGAUAUCUUUCCUGAUAGCGCUGGUACAGCUUUCACCAGCGAUUAUAAUAUUUAUGUGCUGGAACAUGACAGAGAUCAUACUGGUCAGUUGUCCAUGUUUAAGUACAACCAUGCAGGCAAUGAGUUUGAAGAUGUAGGAAUGUCUACAGUAUCUGAGUUUCAGAGAGAGUACUCAGAUACGUCCACUGACUCAAGGCAGUCCCUUGUUGAAGUUGGUCAGACUUUAUAUUACGUUGCUGCAGAUUUAGAAGAAGGCAGUGGAUGGGUCCGUAUGAGAAAGUACAGUCGGCAGACGGACCAAUGGCAGGAGUGUUCACAGCUGGAACUUGAAGGAACUUGGGAAUGCAGUGCUGUACUGCCCUGUGGUCCUUACCUCUAUUUCAUUAUGACCUCAGCCAUGUAUCGCUACGACCCAAGUCAGGACUGUUGGAGUGAGCGAACUCCACCAAACCUCGAGUCACGCCACUCAUUCCUCUCAGUUGUUGCCAUGGGAACAGAGAUUUUCUGUACAGAUAGUGACUUCAAUCAGACCAUGGUGUACGAUUCAGAGUCGGACCAUUGGAAGAAACUGCAAGGCUGGCCGAACAGGGGAAACCUUGGCACCAAUAACUGGCCAUAUUUUUUCCUACUAGAGGACCAGCUGCAUGUACUGUUAGAUACCUAUGACACUACCAAAGAAGGAUCAUCAACAAAGUAUCUGGUGUAUGUGUAUGACAGGUCUGCUGAUGCCUGGAGAGACUUGAAGGCCAUUCUGCCUGAUACGGAAUAUUAUACACUCGGUCAUCUGUCCUCUGUGGCACGUUUAUACCUACCCUUUCUAAAGGGAGCACAAAAUCUCAUCACCUCUUAUGCAAUCCGGCAGGAUAAGAAAACAGAGAGUAUGGCAUAG